AUUUUUUAACCAACGACAAACCUUUCUACUUAAUCAAAAUUGACAAAACUGUCUUGUUUCCCGGGUUACUUGAGAUCAUCUCAAAAUUACACCAUUUUUUCGCAUUGCUUUACCAGAACAUUUGGUUCACGUGAAACUGGCUUUCAAAAAGAUUUUAAAAUUCAAGUCGAAUGUUAAAGAAGGUGAAAAGCGUGGUGGAUUCUUCUCCUCGUCCGAAAUCACCAAAGAAAAUGUCCCAUCCCGUUCCGAAGAGGCGGAGUAAAAAUACAUUGACGGGAACAACAACCCGGAAAAAGCAACAGUUACUGUCUUGGGAUGGUAAAAGCGAAGACUCAUUCUACUCGGACAUUUCCUCAUCAAGGCCUUCCACAAGAAGAAACCCAAGUGUCACCCCCAUAAUGCCGCUCAAACUAGAACCCUGUUCGUGGGAACCUCCACCAAAGAGUGUACCACAGCACAAUUUUAAACGUCAAACCUCAUUACCAACUGAUGUUUUUCAAUUCGAAAAUUGUGAUAAGGUAGGAUUAAAUGGUGAAGAUGAUCACGUCAAAACUAAAUCGUUUGUACCAUUGAUUAGCGAGAGAAGUGAUAAUUGGAAUGAGAAAUCUCAUUAUAUUUCUCGUCCUAAUGUUGAAUCCAAGUCGAUUUUUAAAAGAAGUGCAGAUGACCAGGACUAUUUGUUGUUUUUGUUGAGAGUCACAGAGGACAUAAUAUCCAACGACUUUUACACAAGCAAAGACAUAAAAAGGAUAUUUGACAGCCAUAUCGGUGCGAAUAUGAAUCGACUGGAUGAGAAAAAAAUGCGUUCUCAUCUCUCGGGCCUGUGCAAAGAGUUGAACGUGUCGUUCGACGAGUAUGACCCCGAGGCGGAGGCGUCUAUCUGUGUUUACGAAAUGGGGCGUCGUGUCGACAAAAGUAUUUUCGAAAAUUGCAAAAAUUGCAACGCACUACCGUUGACGCCGAUAUUUUUGAGCAACGGUGGUGAUUCGAACGUUUUGCAGCUGUUAGAUAAGCUAAGCUUGGACAGAGUUACAGAACGCACCGAGUCGUGCGGCACAGUUAAAAAUUAUAAAAUAUUCGCAAUGGAGGACCGCUUUGAAAAUUCGGCUGAAUAUCAGAACGGAGAUGAAGUUCUAGGAACAAAAUUGGCGGUGCAACCUCAUGGAUCCUGUGAAGCAAACCACCUCAAUGAUGAUGUGGAGCUCAUCUCGGAAAGUGACGUGAAGAGUUGUGCAGCUGAAAAUCAGCAAUUAAAUGAGUCUACAUGUAUAGCGGCGGACGAAGACGUUGCAAGAGUCCUAGACGAUAUAUUAAUAAAAACUGACUCGAAAAAUGGCGAGAUAUCUCAAAUUCGUGAACCUAACCUCAAACCUGUUCCCGGGAAGGGUGUAAAGGUUAUCAUUGAAGGUAAUAUUAACGAAGACGACUACGUUUUGCUUAAGGGACCCGUUUACGUGCUGAAAACUUUACUGGACGUGGAGCCAAAGCUAAUUUUAAUCAAAAACGAGCAAAAAGUUGAAUCUAGACGCAACUCGGUCGAUAGCAGCAAAACGUUUACGGUUAGCUGCGAUCACAUCACCGAUGACAUAGACGGUGUAAGGCCAUCCGCGCUGAGUGCUUCAGACAUCGUUAAAACCGAUACUGAGUUGAAGAGUGAGGUCAGUUCGCGUGUGUCGGUUAAAAGUCGAAUAGAUAUGGCUGAUAGCUAUUCUCACUUUUCGGAUUACGAUUUGACGCCCGAGAAGGAGACCGGCGGCAGCGACAAGUAUCAUCAUUUGCUCGUCGAUGCUGCCACCAAUAUGUCUAGGGCAAGCGCAGAGAUGCUGGAAGGGGUGAUGGGCGAGUCAGGCGAAAUAAAAAGGCAGAAAUAGUAAACCCCUUUUUUUACUUUUAUCCUGUUGUUGGAAUAGAUUAUUAAAUAUAAAACGUCAAUUCGAUUGUCAUGUUUGAGUCGGGCGCACAGUGACAUCAUCGUCGUCACUGUCUAGGUAUAAUUCCGAAUCCUAUUCUGAUAAGCGAAUGUGCUGCUAUGUGCUAUGAUAGAUUAUGUCGUCCACGCCGGUUGUUGGUCUGUGACCAAAGAAAAAAUUCCUCAACGGCCGUUGGUAAUGGGCGCAUAGCCAUAAGUCUUCCAUAACUUUGCUAUUUGCGAGAAAGAAGAAUGUUCUGUGAGGGCGAG